AGAUGGGGCAACAAGUGUCAGUGGGCCCAGGGGAAGGGAGAUGAUCAGGCAGAAGAGCUCAUGCUCAUUAAUAAUACAUAGACUGGCUGCAGCUGCUCCUGCUCUCAUCAUUCUCCUCCUCCUCUUCCAAUUGUGCACACAGGAGCCACAGGGAGAGGCAGCCACUUACCUGCAAUCUCAAGCAUGGGACCCCUACAGGAGAGCAAGAAGAUGCAGGAGAGAGAGCUCGCUCGUAGCCGUAUCCCUCGCCUCGUCCUGCGCCCUUACCUGCCCAAGCAGAAGAAGUCCCCGUCUUCUGAAUCUCCUUUCUCCGAGGAAGAGAGCAAAGAUUUCCAUUCGAGACGAUCUGCGAGGACCAUAAGUAGCAACAGCUUUUGCUCAGAUGACACUGGGUGCCCCAGUAGCCAGUCAGUGUCUCCAGUGAAGACUCCCUCAGAUGCCGGCCUCAGCCCUAUGGAAUUCUGCACUGGAGGUGAAGAGCACUUUAGCUGUAAGCGAGUCAGCGUCAGCACCUUUAUAGACACCAACACUCCGCCUGCCCGAUACAAGAAGGGAAUGAAGAUUAGUCUUCUCAAGACAGGGAGCGAAGCCGAUUUCAGUUCAUCGAGCAGCACGGGAAGCAUUUCUGCACCAGAAGUUCACAUGACGGCAAUGUCUGGAGGGAAAAAAGCAUCAUUUUCACGCAAUCGUAUUUCCCAUGGAAAGGGCAAUAUAUCCUCAACCAGCAAACCUGGAAGCAGCCCGCCCGGGGCACGGGACAAGGACCUGUUCUCAGUGCUGUGUCGGAACCCAGUGAGCCCUGUUAAUGUCCAUGAUCCCUAUGGGGUUUCAUCUGCCAGUAGCAGCAACUCCAGCUCUUACAAGGGGAGCGACACCAGCCCAACACCACGACGUACUUCGCGAUAUGCCUCUUGUGGAGAUAAUCACGGCAUAAAACCGCCAUCCCCAGAGCAAUAUCUGACUCCGCUGCAGCAGAAAGAGGUCUCGAUUCGGCAUCUGAAGGCAAAACUGAAGGAAUCGCAGGGUACCCUUGAAGACAGGGAAGCAGAAAUUGUAGACCUAAAAAUUCAGUUGGGUCGUAUGCGAGAAGACUGGAUUGAAGAAGAAUGCCACCGCGUUGAGGCCCAACUUGCACUGAAAGAAGCGCGAAAAGAAAUCAAGCAGCUCAAACAGUUCAUUGAAACCAUGAAAAACAGCUUGGCAGAGAAAGAUAAAGGGAUACAAAAAUAUUUCAUAGACAUAAAUAUUCAAAACAAGAAGUUAGAGACCUUGCUGCGAAGUAUGGAGUUGGCCCAAGACGGUGGUCUCGGGGAUGAAGCAGGUAUGGAUUAUAUUUGUAACUCACCUGGUGCAUCCCUGACUGAAAGUGCCAUUUAUGACAAAAUGUCAGAUGGACUUUUACUUGAGGACCAAGCAACGGAGGAAAUGGCAGACUGUGAUCUUCUUCUGAAUGAUGACCUUGCAAACCGAGAUGAUUUGUUUGAUGAGAUAAUGAUGGAGACUUCCAGUGAGCUGGGCAGCUUAACUACAUUUGGGAUGUUUAAUGAGAAGACAAAUUUCAAAAGGGUACAAUGGAUGGAACAAGCUAUUCAGACUGAUGUUGUUCCUUACAGCCUUGAUUUUGAAAAUACCAUCCUCAAGAUCUUCAAAGCGAAUAAUGAUGGCAGGUCACCUUUUUUACGUGGUCUCAAUUUUAAGUGUUCAGCUGGGCCAACAACAUUAAUAGACUUGACUCCAGAUGACCCAAACUCUGCCAUUCUUUUAUCCCCCGACUCUCUAGAUAAAGAAACUGUUCUUGGUCGGAGAAGAAGCUGCGCAAUGAAAGAACUGGACUUUGAAGGAGUUCCUUCAAGUGAAGGCUUUGGUCGAGAAACCGCACAAGCAUGCGUGGCCGAGAGUCAUUGGAGCAACCAUUUUUUCACAGAUCUGUUGGCGGUGGCAGUUCCGAUUAUCCCUACAGUCUUGUGGGCACUAAAUACUCAACGAGGAAACCCUGACCCCGUUUAUAACAUUGGCACUAUGAUGCGUGGUUGUUGCUUGUUGGCUUUACAUUCCCUUAGAAAAUCAUCCGGCACCACCCCCAUCUAAGAGUGGGGGGAGCCAAAAUUUUCUCCAAAUGCUUUAUAUUCUUUGUCACUUAGAGCACUUAUCAGAUUGAUUCCUUCAAUCUGUCCUCAAUGCACCUAAAGAAACCUUUUUGUUUUUUUUUGUUGCACUUUAUCACCCAGUUCACUUUAAACAAAAAUUAAAAAAAAUAAAUAUAUAUAUAUAAAUAUAUAAAAAGGAAAAAUUAUUCCCUGAAUUGCACUAAAAACUUUUUCAAAUGAAAUGACUUAAUUUUCAAAAUUUAGAGCCUAAAUCUUGCACUUAACGAAAACUGUUUCUACGGUAGGGCACCUGCUCCUGAUAGAAUUGCUUCAUGUGUGAUGAUAAAAUUGCACUUUUUUUUUUUUGUUCUUUUCUUUUUUUUUUCUGCUUUCUUUUUCAGUGUGGGAAACGUUUACAGCUUUCAAGGCGCUUGCAUAGUGUAGCCUGUAUUUGGUGUACUUGUGAGUAUUAAUGUCCGAUGAUGGCAUUCUGCCUGAACUGCUCCUGUGUUUGUUCGUCACAUCCCUUGAGUUAAUUACGGCCUGUGCUUUAGCUUCUGUGUGCUUGGCUUGAAGACUUGUGAGCGGCAUCCAAGGCUCCCCGUGUAACCGUCUUGUUUCCAUAGUAACUCAUGUAUGUUGCUAGAUGCUGUUUUUGUUUAUAACAUGAAAUAGCAUGGGGAUGUGUAAAUGUAUUUAUAGAUGUACAUGUUUAAAGUGUAUAGUAAUUCUAAUAAAAGACUGCAAGUGGGCCAA